AGGGCAAAGCCUUCGGAAAUAGAAACAAAGUUGGUCACAAAUCACAUUGGCUUUGCCCGAAGUUUUUUUUCACCUUCUUGAGCAUGCGACCAUGGGGCGAGUGACCACUGCUGUCGCGGGGGGCAGCCGCGGCGGUGCGGUGCGGAGGGAAGGGCUGUAGCUUCUGCCAUGGGACCUGUUGAAAACACCGAGGGCCCCAGUCUGCUGCACCCGAAGGAGAGCCCGGCCGAGACGGAUGGCUGCGACCGAGCCAGCGGCGGCCAGCAUCCUCCCGGGGCCAGAGGGUGCGGCAUGUUUACUCUCCUGUCAUCGGUCACGGCAGCUGUCAGCGGCCUCCUGGUGGGUUAUGAACUUGGGAUCAUCUCCGGGGCUCUUCUUCAGCUAAGAACCUUAUUAGUCCUGACCUGCCAGGAGCAGGAAAUGGUUGUGAGCUCCCUCCUCAUCGGGGCCUUACUCACCUCUCUCACGGGAGGGGUCCUCAUUGACAGGUAUGGAAGAAGGGCUGCCAUCAUCUUGUCGUCCUGCCUACUUGGACUUGGAAGCCUAGUCUUGAUACUCAGUUUAUCAUACACGGUUCUUAUAGUGGGACGCAUUGCUAUAGGGGUUUCCAUUGCACUCUCUUCAAUUGCCACUUGUGUUUAUAUCGCCGAGAUUGCCCCACAGCACAGACGGGGUCUUCUGGUGUCACUGAAUGAGCUGAUGAUUGUCAUUGGCAUUCUUUUGGCCUACAUUUCAAAUUAUGCAUUUGCCAAUGUUUCCCAUGGCUGGAAGUACAUGUUCGGCCUUGUUAUUCCCUUGGGAGUUUUGCAAGCGAUUGGAAUGUAUUUUCUUCCUCCAAGUCCCCGGUUUCUGGUGAUGAAAGGACAGGAGGAAGCUGCUGGCAAGGUUCUUCAAAAGUUGAGAGCCCUCUCAGAUACCAUGGAGGAACUCACUCUGAUAAAAUCUUCCCUGAAAGAUGAAUAUCAGUAUAGUUUUUGGGAUCUGUUUCGUUCGAAGGACAACAUGAGGACCAGAAUAAUGAUAGGCCUAACACUGGUAUUUUUUGUACAAAUUACUGGCCAACCAAACAUAUUAUUCUAUGCAUCAACUGUUUUGAAAUCUGUUGGCUUCCAAAGCAAUGAGGCAGCUAGCCUAGCCUCCACAGGCGUUGGGGUUGUCAAGGUCAUCAGCACCAUCCCAGCCACGCUUCUUGUAGACCAUGUCGGGGCCAAAACCUUCCUCUGUGUUGGCUCUUCUGUGAUGGCAGCCUCAUUGGUGACCAUGGGCAUUGUGAAUCUCAACAUCCACAUGAACUUCACCCAUAUCUGCAGAAGCCAUAGUCUUAUCAACCAGUCCUUGGAUGAGUUGGUGUUUUAUGGAUCAAGAAACUUGUCAGCCAGCAAUGAAACUCUUAGAGAGCCCUUUAAGGGGAUCACUUCUCACAGCAGAAGCUCAUUAAUGCCCAGGAGAAAUGAUGUGGAUAAGAGAGGGGAGAUGACCUCAGCAUCCUCACUAAGUGCUGGACUGAGCCAAACUGAAUACCAGAUAGUCACAGACCCUGCGGAAGUCCCACCAUUUUUGAAAUGGCUAUCCUUGGCCAGCUUACUUGUUUAUGUUGCUGCUUUUUCAAUUGGUCUAGGACCAAUGCCCUGGCUGGUGCUCAGCGAGAUUUUUCCCGGCGGAAUCAGAGGUCGAGCCAUGGCUUUAACUUCAAGCAUGAACUGGGGCAUCAACCUCCUCAUCUCGCUGACGUUUUUGACUGUGACCGAUCUCAUUGGCCUGCCCUGGGUGUGCUUCGUCUAUGCGAUCAUGAGUCUCACAGCCCUGGGGUUCAUUGUCGUGUUUAUACCUGAGACCAAGGGAUGCUCUUUGGAACAAAUAUCAAUGGAACUGGCAAAAACGAACUAUGUGAAAAACAACAUUUGUUUUAUGAGUCAUGACCAAGAGGAAUUGGCGCCAAAAAAACUCCAAAAAAGAAAACAUCAAGAGCAGCUCUUGGAGUAAAAGCUGUGUGGUGGGGGACAACCAAGGCAGUCUGGUCCAGAGACCUACUGGCCUCAAAACCUUAUAAAUGCUGAUACAGUAUAAGAACGUUUAGUACGGGGUCUUCAUACCAAUACAUGUUGACCAAUGCCAGGUUUUGUCUUUAGUGUCAUGAAGUUAAUUUAUAAAAACAACCUUUAAUCUCCACCCACAAUAGGUGAAUGAGGUAGAAGGCCCCAAGACUCUCUUUAUUAUUCUAAGCAGGAUACCAGGUAAAAAAAAUGCUGGCUGGUUCUACACUUCGCACCUUUUCACAGAGUAGCUUUGACAGACUGAACUAGGGAUACGAUCACCUUUGCCUUCAGUUGUGUAUGUAUAGAGGCCAGUUGCGGUUUUAUCAUUCAGAUACGUAAUUGUCUAAACACAAGCUUGUGGUUUUUUGCCUACUAAGACUACUUGCACUGGGUCUUGUGUAAAAAAGAAUCAGAACACAAUGUGGACAAUUGCACAUAAGUUCUACAUUAGGAGAGGGUGCUGGCUAGGAUUUUAGUGAUAAAUCCUAAUUACAGUUUAACAGGUUACAAACAUUAUGCAUCUUAUUUUAUGAAUUGUGAACUACAAUGUAAUGUAAAGUACCUUUUGUGAAUUUCAUAUUAGCAUUAUAAAAUAAUGCGAAAAAUAAUUCUUUAAUAGCUGAGAAAAAUAAGCAUGUUCUCAUCCAUUUAAAAAAGAUGAAUGGAAAGGACAAUAUGAAAUUCCUGGGACCAUAUAUAUUUAGAAGUAGCUGUUAGUAAAACAUUAGGAGUCAGGCCAUUAGAUUACUUAUCCCAAUCUCUAAGCAAUUACAUUUGACUUUUCAAGCCAAGCUUAUAAAAUUCUCUUUGUAAGGCAUUCAUAACUUAAUAGCGAUCCGGUUUCCUGUAACUAUUUGCACUCCUCAGGAUUAUCACUACCUCAGGUUAUGGCAUACAGGCUAUAAUCAAUGCUGACUUUCAGAUGAUUACAGCCAUAAUACAUGACAUUCAGACAUCAGGACAAUUGCUGUUCUUCUCUAUGCUGAAACAGAGAUCGCCAACUGCACCAGAAACUUGGGUUUCCACCCACACAAUGAGUUGCUCUCUUGUGCAUUUCUCCAGUUGACUUUUAAAACUUGGUGAAACAUUUUACCUAUAGAAUUUAGAUAUGAUAGAAAAUCUACAGUGAAGAAUCUCAAACCACUAAGUAGUAAUCCAUUACAUACUAAUAUUAUAAGUUAUGGAAGACACUAAAAAAAUUUAAUGAGCAACCUAACUUGAGAAUGAAUACAAAAAUAUGAUUAAUCUGAAGAAAAGAGAAUCCUGAGUCAAAAACAAGGACCCUUUUUAUUUAGCCUGGAAUUUUCCUCCUGGGACGUAACAAACUGUCCCAAGCUUAAUAUAAGGGUAUAUGAUACUACAUUUCCUUGUAACAAAGUGGAAGACUAACUGUUGUAAGAAAUAGUAAAACUAGCCCGGCUGGCAUUGCUCAACAGUUGAGCAUCAACCUAUGAACCAGGAGGUCACGGUUCAAUUCCCAGUGUGGGGCAUGUAGGAGGCAGCCAAUCAAUGAUUCUCUCUCAUCAUUGAUGUUUCUCUCUCCUUCCCUCUUUCUUUUUAUCUGAAAUCAAUAAAAAUAUAUUUUUUAAAAAGAGUAUUAAAAAAUAGUAAAACUAUAUUAUCAGAGACUCAGGAGAAUGUCUAACAGUCCUGGUUCUGAAAUGUACUCUCUCGAUUAAAACUGGCAGGGGAAGUUAUGAGGAAAGGAGAUUUGAGAUAAAUGAAGUUCAGACUUCAGGACAACUCCCUACGAAGACACUACUUGCACUGGGUCUUGUGUAACAUUUCAUAUGCAAGUUAGAGCAUGCACUGGUGUGGUUUUUCUCCCCCCAUUUAUUUGUUUUGAAGAAGAGAAAGUGUGUUCUGUAGAGGAUCAAUUUAAGAAAUUUAUUAUGAAUCUUCAGUGGAAUUAUAUUGAGAUUUUAAAAAAUCAAGAUAGGUAAUCAAUAUAAAUUUUUGUGCUUUGCCAAGCAUCACAGAAUAUAAGAUAUUUAACAAAAUUGUUAUGUUUUCUUUGAAAUUCAAAUGCUAUAUAUACUUUAGCUAUCUUGGUUUAGUCAUUCUUUGUUAACGGGCAGGAAACUGUUUAUCAACCUAUUUAUUAUGUUUAUUACUAGUGAUAUCAACUUCAGUAUCUUAAAAUGCUUUGUAAUAUUUUUCUUUUCUAUUGAGUCUGUAACUAAACAACUCUAUCUUCAAUCUAAUUUUCACCCAAUACACCGCCAAUCAGAGCUUUUUGAUUUUCAAAAAUAAAAGGGGAAAUACUUCGAAUUUGUAUGGAUAUAGUCACAGUUUUUAUUUAUAAAAACAUUUACAGCACUUGUGAAAAGCCAGCAAAAGACACCAACUGGCUCCUCUCUCACCAGCUUUGCUAAGUUCCGCGGGUUGUGCAGGCCAGUCGGCCAGGGGCCGCUCCUGCAGCCUGAAACCAGACCAGGCCAGAUUGUCUUUCCUCCUCUUUUCCAAGAAAGCAUUCUGAUGAGCUGCUUACUGAUCUAUUAGUUUUUAAGUCACUCCAAUACUGAAAAUGUCAUGACAUCUGGUUACGUACCCUGGCCAUAUAAUCAUGUUUUUUCCCCGUUUCCAUAUUCCUUUUUUGGGAACACAGCAAACCGGAAGUCACUUAUUAAUUACUGUUAAUUAAAAAUAAGUGGAAAAUCUCAAAUUUCAAAAGUCUUCACAGAACCUGUAACCUUUUCAUUGAAUUUUAUUCUCUAUUUUAUGAGGUUAGCUAUCCUAUUGGAACUUUAAAUGAAGCAAAUAAACACAAAUGUGAAAGUAAGGACAAGAGAACUCUGAAAAUCACAGUUAAGUUUUUCACAACAAAGAAAAUACAAAAGUUAGCAUUUGCCCCUGCUUAUGAGGGAGUGAGAGGCAGGGUAGGGGACGAUAUAGAGAAGACGACAAAAACAAAGUAAUAUGUAUUGUUCAGUGCAGUGCUUAAACUAAGUUUUCAAGAUUUAUAAUACGGUAAGGAAAAUGUACUAGAAUAUAGAGGUUAAGAUAUUGCAAUUUUCACAAAGGUUUCAAACAUUUUUGAAAUUCAGGUUUUAGAGGAAGACUGCGUUGGAAUAUUGUCUCUAUGGAGAAGCUGAUUUGAUUCUGGACUAGGUCUUAUUUCUAGGUAAAAUCACUGUUUAAACUAAACUCCUAAACACACAGGGCAGAGCACAACGGCAGCCUGAUCCUGCAUUACCAUUCCAAGGCUUGUGGCUGAGCCAGACAGCCACUGUUUCACAAAGGCAUAUUUAUUACUUUAAGAGUAGCCAUCCUAUAUACUCAGUAGUCACUCUUUAGCUCUUUACAUAAGACACAGCAAGGGAAAGACAGAUCUUGCAAAACGGCUUUCAAGUUCAAGUUGAACUAGAUUAUGAUGAUACCGUGGCACAGAGGCAACUAGUGGAACUUCUUAUUAAAACAGCACAAUAUAUCACCAUGUGACAAGACAGUAUAGCCUUGAGUACCAACCUAAGAUUAUUACUUUCCUACAACUAGAGUUGAGUCUUUCCAGAAUACAAAGGUACAUAUGAGGUACAACCCAUCAUACCUUCUUUCUUAUAUUCAUCUUGUAAGUAAGAAGUUUCUCUUUUUAAAACUACACUUUUGUAACUUUUAAAAGAUUAUCUAACAUUUUCUAGCAUAUUAAAUUAGCAACAUAAAACAUUAUGCUUAAUCUAUAAAGUUCUACUUUGGUACCCUAGAAUUUAUAUACAUGUUUUUAUUUCUAAUCUGAAAAAAAAAUCUCUAUUUGAUAUUUGGUAACAGAGAAUUAAAAAAAUAUAUAUAUAUAUGGUAUAUAUAUAUAUAUAUUUUUUUCCCACAAAACAUACUUCAAAAAGAAGCCAACACACUUUAGCAAAAGUCUAAGCUUGCAUAGAUUAAAAAAAAAUUAUGAAUACAAUUUUUAUUCAUAGAAAAUGGGGAAUAAAAGUUAUAGAAUGGAUAUGAAGAGAGACCUUUUCCAAACUUUUAUUUGUGCAUAUUCAAUUGAAAAAGAUAACUUUUACAGGUUCUUUGGUGCCCAUAUUCAGCAUACAAAAAUGUAAAAGACUAUUCACAAAUAAAACACAUUAGCUCAAACUGGAAAAAAAUAACAAAACAAUUUAAGGUAGUGCACACUGUGACAGCUCUGCUUAUGGGGACAUGAGAAUUACUGCGAAAAUAAAUAGAAUGUCCUUCUGUAAAAGCAGCAAUGUCAUGUCUUGUAAACUUCCUUUUUAUAUUACAGCAAAGUUUGAAAUAAAAUCCAAAGGGACUGGAGCUUUUUACACUGUAGCCGUGAAUGAAUAAAAGAGUCUAUUUUCUCAA